GGAGAGUCACGAGCUUAAUUAAGUGGUCGCGUGCGCGCGACGCGAAGUUGAGUCCUUCGCACCCGUCUCUAACUCAACUCUGUCCGUGCGCAAACCUCAACCUUCGUCCCCUCGCCCUCGCCUCGACACCAUGCAUACCCACCACCCACUUCCUUCGCCUUCGUCCUCCCAUCCUCCCGGCCCGAUGCACACGCGUCCACUCGGCCACAACAACUCCUUCGACUGUUCCCUCACGCGCCCCUGCCGCCGCCACACCCGUGCUUCGCCCUUGCGCACAGCGUGUCGCAAUCGUCACGCUACCCGUGCUUCACCCUCCCCCAGCCCUAGUCCUGCCCCUCCCUGCCCGGCCCUGCCUGUCCCGCGCACCUGCGCACACCCGGAAGCGGCUCCUCGCGCCGCGUCUCUUCCCCUGCUCUCUCCUAGGAGGCGAGGGAACGACCACGCUCCCCGGUACCCUACCGCCCGACGCCUUGUUCUCCAAACACGCCC